GGCACUCUGUGUGUUCACAUCAUGUAGACAACAGUUGGAUCAUGGCUCUGCCGCGGAGCGCGCCGUCAACAGCGGCUGACGCACUAAAACAGUCCGGAGAAAUUAAUCUGGAGAGUAAAAACGGGAUUAAAAGAGAAUUAUGGACGAAUCACAGAGAAUGGAAACACUGAUCAGCCUGCAAAAAGUCUCUGGUAUGGAGAAGAUGCUAACUGGGAGUAAAGGGAAUCGGUAUUCAUGCAGCCUGAUGGCUGUUUUCAGGUAACUGAGGUGUGUUUGGAAAUGUUGGGAUAAAUCCAGUUUUCUUAAUAAAUCAAAUAGAAAACCAGAGGAAUCCUUGAAAACAAGGACUGAGCUGGACUCAGGAUAAACCAGUCGCUAGUUAAACCUUUCUAAAACCUCCUACAUGAGAAGAAGUUCUCCAAAUGAAGAAGAAGAAAGCAUGGCAGCAGGUUGGGGGUCACAACUCUUACUACCCGAUUCAGAUUAAAUGAGCAUCGCUGUCAGUUACCAAACACGCAGACAUGACCCACAACCUCAGCUCCAGAAUCGACACGCCGACCAACAUCUCCCUGAGCGCCGCCGUCUCCGUCUCCGACUCGCUGGAGUACAAGACGAUCUCGGUGUUCCUGGUGCUGCUGGUGUGCUGCGUUGGCAUCGUGGGGAACAUCAUGGUGGUCCUCGUGGUCGUCACCACGCGCCACAUGAGGACGCCCACCAACUGCUACCUGGUGAGCCUGGCCAUAGCCGACCUGACGGUGCUGGUGGCGGCGGGGCUGCCCAACGUAUCCGACAGCCUGACGGGCACCUGGAUCUACGGGAACGCCGGGUGUCUGGGCAUCACCUACCUGCAGUACCUGGGCAUCAACGUGUCCUCGUGCUCCAUCACUGCUUUCACCGUGGAGAGGUACAUUGCUAUCUGCCAUCCCAUCAAGGCUCAGACGGUGUGCACGGUGUCGCGUGCUAAGCGGAUCAUAACCGGCGUCUGGAUCUUCACCUGCGUCUACUGCAUGCUGUGGUUCUUCCUGGUGGACAUUCAGGUCGGCCAGGACGGACAUGUGCAGUGUGGCUACAGAGUGAAACGGGAGCUCUACCUCCCCAUCUACCUCAUCGACUUCACCAUUUUCUACGUCAUCCCGCUGCUCCUCGCCAUCGUGCUGUACGGCCUGAUAGCGCGGGUGCUCUACCUCAGCCCUCUGCCGAGCCACACCGAAACCAGCGCCACCACGCUGAGAAGGAGCUGUCGCGAAACAUCGGAGGCUGCGAGGAUGGGCCGCCAGGGCCGGCCGAAGACGCCGGUCUCCUCCAGGAAACAGGUGACGAAGAUGCUCGCCGUGGUGGUGAUCCUUUUCGCCCUGCUGUGGAUGCCCUACCGGACCUUGGUUCUGAUCAACUCCUUCGUGUCCACGCCUUACCUGGACUCCUGGUUCCUGCUGUUCUGUCGGACCUGCAUCUACGCCAACAGCGCCAUAAACCCUGUGAUUUACAACGCCAUGUCUCAGAAGUUUCGCUCCGCGUUUCGGGGGCUGUACAGCUGCCAGCGAGUGGAGGGUAAUCAGCGGAUGCUGUCCACCGCCCAGACCUGCUUUGGUACUGUCCGAGACCCGCGGCCUGCCCUGCAGAACAGCAGCCAAGCCAAUGAAAAGGAGACGCGGGCCGGCCUGGAGCCUUCCUCGGAUUCAACGUCAAAGCUCCACAGAAGCGAACAUCAGGAGAUGGCGGCGGUGAACGGGAUGACGGCCGAUCAUCGACCCGACGGCGGCCAUCAGGACUUCAGAAGAGAACCAGGAGAAACGCUGCAGGGAGGCGGUCAGGAAUUAGAUCAGUCAGUUAACAAAACACUUGGUUCUGCAGACAGAACCAGUAAAUAAUGUGAAUAAUGUAUAAACCUCCACAUUAUGAUGCUGUGCCAUAUGGUUAUACUCAUCUUCAAAUGCCCACCGCAUGUGUAUAUAUGAUUGUACAUAUAUAUAUAUACAUAUACAUAUAUAAUUUUAAGAGGGUGAGGAUAUUUUUAUUUAACUGUAUUUAAUUACACUCAAAAACAUUAUAUGUUACAAUAGUACGGAAGACAAUUAUGGCCGCUGGGAGAUAAAACAACAACUUUUUUAUCAGUAUUCUGACUUUAAUCUAAGUAAAAGUCAAAGUUCUGAGAUUAAAUUCAGUAUUGUUAGAAAGAACUGCAAAAAUUCUGAGAAAGAAUUAAAAAAUUGUGAUAAAAAAUUGUAAUACUCAGAUUCAAGUCAGAAUUCUGAGAAACAAAUUCUGAAUUCUGAGAUUCAAGUCAGAAUUUUUUUUUUUCAUUGGUCCUAAUCUUCUUCCAUACAAUAGGCUAGUAAAAGCCAAACUUAGAUUUCUGUAUUGAAGCUUUAUUUUUAAAAGAACAAUAUCUGAAGGAAAAUGUGUUUUAUGACUCAGGACAAGUUGUCCAUGAAGCUUUCAUUGAGGAAUUAAUCAGACCCAUUAACAGUUUAGAUGAGUAAAUAACGUCUGAAGGACUUGAAGUUGUUCAACACCAGCAGCAGGACGAUGAUUUUUCCUUCACUUCCUUAAGUGAAGGAAGAUAUUUGCCUGGAAUGUGAGAAGAAUUACCAGAAAUCUUAAUGUCAGAGUCUAGUUGCAUUGAUUUUAUUUAUUUAUCUUUCGCUACUUAUCCCUAAAAACAUGUACUAUAAUGUAUUUAUGCAGAGCUAUUUUCUCCUAGAGUGCAGAGAAAAAUAAACACUAUAAAAAAAGACUCCAAUAACUGAUUUAAACCUCCACAUCUUGUGAAAAAGCAUUUUCUGAAAGGUUGGAGUUGAUAUGUUCUGUGUUGUAAAAAGAAACAAGCCGUGUCUGUGUUGGUGGUAAAUUACAACCUUCUGAAUUUUAUUGGUUUAAUUUGAGCAGCUCUGGUUAGCUUCCGUCUUCAGACUGCAAAACGACUUUAUGGAGCUAAACUGGUACCGUAAAGUUUGUUCAAAAAUAAUAACAAUAAAACUUUAACAAAAAAUAAAUUAGAUUUUAAACUGAAAAAAUAAAAUCUAUGAAAUUACAAACACUGGUUCCGUUAGUUUCUUGAGGCGGACUUGCCGCUUCCAAAAUGGUGGAACUGCGAACGUGUCGGUCCGUUUCUCUAAAGCAGGACAGUUUUCCAGUAUAAAAGCACCUCUUAAAUGAUUGAUUUGGUCUUUUUUUUUUCAGUGGUGAGCUACGCUAACUAAAAAAUUAGUAGCGCUAACCCUAAAGAAGUAAUCAUGAACAUUAGCUAUGCUAACUCUAAAGUGCUGACUUCAAAUCAUAUCAUAUCUGCCCUUUAAUAUGAAUUUGACAUUAUAAUUUACUAUAAUGUCCUUAUAUAUUGUAUUUAUGUUUAUAUCUUGUACUGUCCGUUUUUAUUUUGUUCCUAAAGUUAUUAGGGGAAAAAAGAGAGAACUUGAAAGGAGGAAAUGGAACUGCUGCUUUUUCAGUCUUCAUUCCCUUCAAAAUAAGAGCAUGAGUAUAAACAACUUAUGUGCCCUACACAUUUUUCGAAGUUAGUAAAAACGCUAAACUGCUAAAUGAACAAUUAGCUCUGCUUUUCGCACAUUGGAGGGAGUGUGUCCACCUCUGUACAUUUUUUUAAAUAUUUGUCUUUUACCUUAUUCACCUUUUAAUAAAAGUUGAAAGUAUAUCAAGAAGUAACUUAAUCAACUUUGUACAGAAAAAAAAAGUUUACUGACCUUAAACACAUGAAACGCAGCCAUAAUGUUUUUCAGUGUUUUCACCAUCUUUUGAGUGGAAAGAAAAAUCUAUUUUUUUUCUGCAAAUGGUUGAAAAUACAUUUUCUAGGGACUUGUGUGGAAGCAAAUAAUGUAAAUAAAUAUUACAAUUUUAAAUAUUUAAAGUGCAAAAGCAGUUUUAUGUGUUGCAAUGAAGAAUGCCAAAGCAAAAGCACUAAAACAUUAAUAAAUUCUGUUUUAUUAAUAUUUCUCUGUUUGCAUUAGGAUUUUUUGCUGCUUAUUCCAAAAACUACACUAUCAAAUCUGCAAAAAAAAAAAAAAACCUGACAACCUAAGUUUAGUAACUUUCUCAGAUUAUUACAAUAUCUUCAUAAUUUUGUUAUAAAAUGUCUUAAAAAAAUCUUACAGUUUAUUUCUUAUAUUAAGUAUUAUGCUGCAGUGAAACAGUUUUUGAUUGGAUAAAUAUUUAAGAGUAUUAUUUGCUUCCAUAGCCGUGUCCCAUCAGUCAGCGUUCCCUUUAAUCGUCGACGUCCGUCACUUCGUCUCCCAGCAGACUUAUACUUUUUUUAAUGUGUGUAUUUUAAUGUGUGCAGGAAUAUUUCCUUUCUACCGUCAUAUUUGAUGUCUGACUUCUUUCCUCCUAAUAUUCAGUCACUUUAAGAACCUUGUUACCAAUUUUGUUUUGCCUUUAUUGAAGGUAAAAAUGCUGUAAAUAUGGACGUGUACAUAGAUUUGAAGCUGGAAAUUAGAGACUUUAGCAACUUACACAUUGUAGUGUAAAUAAUAUACAGUGAUGUUUAUGUUUAAUUGUCUGAAUGACUGCAUGUCCACUGACAAUAGUGAUAGUCUGUGUGUGUUUGUAUAUGUUCAUCCUCCCAAAUAUUCGCCUUACUACAGCUAAAAAAAAUAAUAAAACAGAUUUAUAUAUUUAGUUGCAUGAUAGAGUGUAUGAAAUCAACAGUAAUGAUUUUUAAAUAUCUCAAACACUCCCAAUUAAUGUCGGUAAAGCUGCAUAAAUAAUCUCAAAUGUUUACAAUUUGAGUUUUAGGCUGAAAAAUGUGCAUGAAAACUAUUAAUUAAACUAAAUUGAAUAUAAAGAAAACAAUAAAACAGAAAGUAAAAGAAUAAUAGUAGAAUAAUAUUGUAUUUGAAACAUAAAUACCUCAUUACUUUUAAUUUAUGAUUAAAAAUCUGGGCAGUUAUAUAGGUUAGUUUGGAUAAUUUUUCUUUUUACCUUAAUCAAUAAAAUGAACUUUCUGGGUUUCCUCAGGUUAUCUUUGUGUGAUGUUAACAUUGUAUUUAAUCAUUUUAAACAUUUAGGUGAGAAAGAAACUCAAAAAGUUCAGAGAUUUGUACAUUUCUUUGGUAUUUUAUCACCAGUUUAUCCAACUCUUAUGGAGAUGUCCCUGUUUAUUGAAUCGACAAGAAGUAGUACAAUUAAAAAUAAUGGAAAUGAGGUCAAGAUGUAAUUACUGAUCAUAUAAUUUAGUGAAGUGUGGUUGUCUAACAGAUGAACUACUUUGUUUUUCAGGUACAGAAAUCGUUCCUUUUGGACUUUUACCCACAACCAGAGAACAUGUAAGGGAAAACUGUAGUUACAAAAUAAAAGUGCAAAAAUGCUUCCAAUAAGGUUACUGUUCUUAGUUGGGGGAUUGAAUUGUUUUUGAGGAUUUAAAAAAAUAAAACGAAUCAAUAAAAAUACUAUUUUCAGAUAUGUAGAAUGUAAUACUUCAAAAAAGUUAUUAUUGUAGUUGUGUAAAUUAAGUAUACUGUUUCAAUUUUUUCCAAUUUAUUUGCCAAAUCAUGCUUGUGUUUUGUUUAACUAUUUAGGUUCUGAUUAUUUUUAUGCAUUUGCUUCAUUUUGAAAUCAUAAAAAUUAUUUUCCUAAACAUCCCUCAAAUCUACAAGCAGCACUUUGACUGUUUUAAAUGAGCUGCUAAUGCUUGAUUUUGUUAUUCAUUUGUGUGAAAACUGAUUUUAUUAUUUUCACUAAAUGAUUUCCUUAAAGUACUGCUCAUGUUUAUGUCUUUAAAAUAAAAAAGCUCUGUUGCGUGGCCAACAUAUUUACAAAAACAGUCCUAACUGUAAGUUAAGCUGCUCAUGCAUUAAACCUUAGCAUUGUUAGCUUCAGCUUACAGACAGUUUAUAAAGCUUAAUACAAGUUUAUGCAGACCUUCGAUUAAAUUAGCAUUGUUUGCAUUAGCAGCAUUUUUAUUGCCAUGACUGCCACCAGCUUCAUGUACUACACUUUUGGCAUAGUUUGUAAUAGUACUGUUAGCACUAGCAGUUAGCUUGAAAAGUGUUAUUUGUACGGUUUGGACCAGUAAAGCAGCAUCUUCAUUGUCAUGACAACCAUUAGCAUUAUCCACUACAUGUCAUAUUGUCACUGUUGGUACAGUUUUUGUUAGCACUUUUAGCUUUAGUGGUUAGCUUGCUUGUCUUGGCACAGUUUGUGUUAGCACUGUUAGCAUUGGCGGAUAGCUUCAUUUGUUUUAUUUAUUUUUCUUUAAGCUUUGUUUCUUGCCUGACUGAUAUUUUGAUUUCUAAAUGAAGCACAAAUAUUUAAAAAAUUGACAAAUGCAGCUGAUCUAAAGGGAUGAAUAUGUUUGGGGAAAUAAAAUAAAUAGAAAAAUGGAAAUACCUUUAGAAAUAUAGCAAAAAAUGUAAUGGUACGGUAAAUGACCUUAAGAAAAAAGUAUUGUUAAUUAGAACUACCAACAUUAAUUUGUUUAUUAGUGAAUACAUGAAUGUAUGCAGACAUAUUUUUAGUAUAUUUUUAUGUUCUUACAAUUUCAGCCUUUCAUAAAUUGCCUCAGCCUGAAAAAUAAAGUAUUUGCACCUCUUUGGGACCAUUCCUCCACCUUAAUUUCUUCCUGUGUUUUUAACUUGUAAUGUGUUCUCUGACACUUUACUCGAUGUAAAUUUAAAAGGAUUAUUUGGUGUAAUGUGUGUGAACUUGUGUAGACGUGUGCGGACUGUUACUGUAAUUCUGUAAUUAUUUGGCCCUGGAGAGCUGCUGGUUUGUUGUGUUCUUGAAUGUGCUGUAAUCACAGAUUCAUUUAAAGUGCUUUUGGUUUUUAAAAGUGUUGUUAUCUUUGUUGUUGGUGUAAGAAAAUGUUUGAUUGUGUGAAGAAAAUUGCAGCGUGCUCUGCUCUGUGGUGCAGUGCAGUGGCUUUCGCUCGGCAUCUUUACAAAAGGUAUUUUAAAAAGUUUUAAAUGUUUCUUAGUUUUUGUGGUGCAGCAUUAUUUUUAGCAAUGUAAAGUUGAAACAAAAUACAUGAAAGAUUGAGUUCUUUAUAAAUAAAUGUUUGA